AACAUUCAGCAGCAGCUGAUGACAGCGGAGGCAGUGAGACAGGAGGACGUGCUGCCUUUAUUCAACGUUUAAUGAAGCUUUAAAGGAAGUUGUUGUUGUUUCAGACACGUUAGUUAAAAGUCGCGUCGACCUGCUUUUACUGAGUUUGUCAGUUAGCUUGACCUGCUGCAUGAAGUUAGCUCACAUGACAUAAACAUAAGGUUUCAUUUGGAGGAAACGUCAGACUGUGCAGAUGCCUCGUCUGGAGAAGAACAGCAGAGGGACCAAAAGGCUACGACUAGACUGGAAGUUUGUCCAGAGGUUCUGCAGCAUCCAGAAGGUCCUGUUCCCGUCAUGGUCCAGUCAGAGCGUCCUGAUGUUUGGUACGCUGCUUGUCGUCACUCUGACAGAGCAGCUGAUCAUUUACCAAGUGGGAGUCCUUCCCAGUCACUUCUACAAUGUGCUGGCAGACAAAGACUACUCAGGCUUCAGGAAUCUGGUGGGCACAGCCAUGGCGCUCAUUUUAGUCAACUCCACACUGAAAAGUGUCGACCAGUACAUUUGCAAUCACAUGUACGUUAGCUGGAGGAGGACGCUGACUGAGAGCCUCCAUUCGGCCUAUUUCCAAGGCAGAGUCUACUACACGCUCAAUGUGCUCAGAGAGGACAUAGACAACCCAGACCAGCGGAUCAGUCAGGAUGCAGAGAGGCUGUGCAAGCAGAUGAGCACGAUGGCGAGCCGCCUGAUUGUCUCUCCGUUUACUCUGACUUAUUACACCUACCACUGCUUUCACAGCACCGGCUGGGUCGGUCCUGCGAGCAUCUUCGGUUAUUUUGUGGUCGGGACCAUCGCCAAUAAAAUCCUCAUGGGGCCGAUUGUGUCAACUCUGUUUGAGCAAGAAAAGCUGGAGGGAGACUUCAGAUUCAAACACAUGCAAAUCCGUGUCAAUGCAGAGUCUGCAGCCUUUUACAGAGCUGGUAAAGUGGAGCACAUGAGGACGGACAGACGACUGCAGGCUCUGCUGCAGACUCAGAAAAGUCUCAUAAACAAGGAGCUGUGGCUUUACAUUGGUGUGAACACCUUCGACUACCUCGGAGGUUUCCUCAGCUACGUCAUAAUCGCCAUCCCCAUCUUCACCGGUGUUUACGACGGUCUGACUCCCGGUGAACUCAGUGCACUCAUCAGUAAGAAUGCCUUUGUGUGCAUCUACUUGAUAAAUGGCUUCACGCAGCUAAUAGACCUGUCAACGACUCUGUCAGAUGUGGCCGGAUACACCCACAGGAUCGGGGAGCUGAGGGAGGUGAUGGAUGACAUCCUACGCAAGCAGUGCGACUACGACCCUGCGUCAGGGGAAAGCUACGACUUUGACAGCGACUUCAACGUCCACGGAGGCCCGGCGGACACUGCCUUCAUCCUGGACAGCCUUUCGUACAAAUCUCCUUACUCGGAUCAGCUGCUGGUGGAAGACCUGAGUCUGAAAAUCAGUCAGGGAACUCACCUCCUGGUGGUCGGGAACACAGGCACCGGCAAGACGUCGCUGCUGAGGGUCCUCAACCGUCUGUGGGAGGCAGACAGCGGUUUUGUCCAGAUGACCACGUGUUUCGGACCCAGAGGAACCCUCUUCCUGCCUCAGAAGCCCUACCUGACUGAUGGCACGCUGCGUGAACAGGUGAUCUACCCACUGAAGGAUAUUUACCCUGAAUCAGGGUCAGUGGAUGAUGACAGAAUUAUACAUUUCCUGGAGCUAGCCGGAGUGUCCAGUAUCCUGAAGCGGACCGGCGGCCUGGAUGACAAGGUGGACUGGAACUGGUACGACGUUCUGUCUCCGGGUGAAAUGCAGCGUCUCUGCUUUGCACGGCUCUUCUACCUGCAGCCCAAAUAUGCAGUCUUAGAUGAGGCCACCAGCGCUUUGACCGAGGAGGCGGAGGCACAGCUGUAUCGAACCUGUAAACAGCUGGGCAUGACGCUGGUCAGUCUGGGACACCGUAGCAGCCUGGAGAAGUAUCACGACGUCCAGCUGAAGCUGUGCGGGGAAGGCCGGUGGGAGUUAACCAGGUUAAAAGGAGCCAGCGGGAGCCUCAGUCUCAAAGACGACGACCACUGAUCUGUCCACUGUCUUCUCUUUGAAGCAUCAAUGUUCAUGUUCCUUAAUCCACCAGCAUUCAAGUGCUCUUCAACAAGGUACUUUUAAGCCAAGUUGCACAGUUAAAGGCAGAAGUACACAUGCAGUUUUGUAUGUAUUUAUUAGUCUAAAGGCAGUUUGAGAUAUAAACAUUUAUAUCUAUCGUUCUUGAUUUUAAAAAACAGGCAGGAAUGCAACAUUUUUCCUAAGAAGUUCAUGAUCUGGAGGAAGCUUUGUGGGUCAGAAACCAACCAAAAUGUUGUGUUGUGACAAAAAUCAGGAAAGAAAAAACUCUUUUCUGUGAUUCUUGUGUGCUUUUAUGAGAUUGCAGGUCACUGUAAUAUGUUUACAGUCACAAUGUGGCAUUAUAACACACAAUGUUCUUUAUGAUAAGCCCUUGAGUGGGGCACAUCUGUGGCAAUACAAACAGUUGUAAAGAGUUGUUGAUUUCAUAAAAAAAUUCUACAAUAAAAUUUGGUCUUAAAAAUCA